CUCACAGGUCAUUACUCCCUCAUAUUACUGUAGCGUACUGUAACAUUGUAGUCAAUAAGAUCCCACACUAGCACUAUGCAUUUAACACAGCCGGAACUAUAUUUCAGACCUAUACCAUCAAAGAGAACUGCAUACAAGAACAGUGGGAUGGUAAUUUGAUGUUAACGGGGAAGUCCAGUGUAAUGGCUCUGAGCCCAUUUGCUCUAUUUAUCAAUGCUUGUCAUUGAUUUUCCUGUCAGUUGCCCUCAGCUAUAGCAUGGCAUUAAUUAGUUUCCAGUGUUGGCGAAUGUCGCGCGGUUACAUGCGAGCUGCAGGGCAGUUCUCUGCCAUGUGCCAGAGUGGAGAGUUCAACAUUGACCUCUGAAUGAAGGAAGUACAUUUGUUCUAAAUAUGAACCACGAAAGAGGAGAGUGAAUGUUUUGGACAAGACUUGUCAGAAAAGUGUCCUGAAAGACGAAUAUUUGAGUCAUGGCUACUAGUGGUAAAGGCCAGAAAGGAUCUGACAGUCUGGUUUCAAAUAAGCUCCAUGUCUGACUCAGAUCUUCUGAAGAGUGGGGUACCAGCCAGCUGGGGCUCCAAAUGCAGCUCACCUCCAACUCCCAGGAUGGAGCUGCUAAACCCCUCCAAGGUGAAGGACCGCACUCAGUACGUCACAGAGAAGGUCACACAGAGUUACCAAUGACAGGAUGGUCAAGGAUUUAUUGGAGCAACAAGUUCGCAAAACCAGAGCAUGCAGCCGCCGCCAAGAAUUUGGUCAAAGCAGUCUAUUGGUACUUUCUUUGGAGUCUGAUGUACUGCCUGAAUACAAACUCCAGGUGCCAGAGACGACAUGGUGGAUCGUGCUUCACUACAGCACCUUCAAGGCGUUUUGGGACUGGAUUAUUCUCCUCCUGGUCCUCUACACGGCUGUUUUCACUCCUUACUCGGCUGCCUUCCUCUUAGAUGAACACUGGGAUUUACGCCAAAGGAGUUGUGGCUACACAUGUAACCCUCUGAAUGUGGCGGACCUUAUGGUGGAUUUGCUGUUUAUUGUGGAUAUAGUCAUCAACCUUCGCACAACGUACGUGGACCAAAACGACGAGGUGGUCACACAGCCGAGCCAGAUAGCCAAGCACUAUAUCAAAGGCUGGUUCCCUAUAGAUCUGUUCUCAGCGGUCCCUUUUGACCUUCUGAUUUUCAGAUCUGGCUCUGACGAGAUGGCAACCUUAACAAGCCUGCUGAAAACAGCACGGCUUCUGCGAAUGGUCCGCGUGGCAAGAAAGCUGGACCGAUAUUCUGAAUAUGGGGCUGCUGUCCUCUUCUUGCUCAUGUGCACCUUUGUGCUCAUCGCCCAUUGGCUUGCCUGCAUUUGGUACGCUAUUGGCUUUGUGGAGAGGCCAUACACGGAGACCGGUUGGCUGGACAACCUGGCUGAACAGCUAGGCAAGUCAUACAAUGACAGUGACUCCACCUCCGGCCCAUCAGUCAAAGACAAGUACGUCACUGCUCUUUACUUCACCUUGAGCAGUUUGACAAGUGUGGGGUUCGGUAAUGUCUCUCCAAACACCAACUCAGAGAAGCUCUUCUCCAUCUGCGUCAUGGUCAUUGGCUCUCUCAUGUAUGCCAGCAUAUUUGGGAAUGUGUCAGCCAUCAUCCAGCGGCUGUACUCCGGGACAACCCGCUACCACACCCAGAUGCUGCGAGUCAAAGAGUUCAUCCGAUUCCACCAAAUCCCAGGUAGCCUACGCCAAAGGCUGGAGGAGUACUUUCAGCAUGCCUGGUCCUACACAAAUGGCAUUGAUAUGAAUGCUGUGUUGAAGGGAUUUCCAGAGUCUUUGCAGGCAGACAUCUGUUUGCACUUGAACAGAUCUCUGCUAGAGAACUGCAAGGCUUUCCAUGGAGGCAGUCAAGCCUGUCUGCGUGCCCUGGGUAUGAGGUUCAAGACAAUACAUGCUCCUCCAGGUGAUACUCUGAUCCACUAUGGAGACAUCCUGGACUCUCUCCUCUUCAUCUCACGUGGUUCCAUUCAGGUCAUCAGGGAUGAUGUGGUUGUUGCCAUAUUAGAAAAGAAUGACAUCUUUGGGGAGCCUAUCCACCUGUAUGAUGAGCCAGGAAAGUCCAAUUCAGAUGUCCACACCAUCACCUACUGUGACCUGCACCGCAUCCGGAGGGACGACCUGCUGGAGGUCCUUGAUAUCUACCCCGACUUUGCAGAUAACUUCUGGAGGAACCUGGAGAUAACUUUUGACCUGAGAGACGCUAAUCAAGUACCACCAAUAAUAACCACUGAUGAUUCUGGUGAUGACUGUGGGUAUCGCCACAAGCCAAGACACAGAAUCCAGUCACUAGACUGCCGAAUCAGGCCAGAUGGAAUUGAUCAUGAAGACUCAUACCCCCGUCAGUCCUUCCAUCAUCGUCACUCACCUCCUCAGGCCCACUGGGAUGACCGCUGUAGCUGCAGUAACCCAUGCUCCCUGUCAAGUGAAGACCUGGCUAAGCCCCUUGACCACAGUGCCAAAGUAGAGCUUUACCCUCCAGAAGAUGCCAGACGGGCCUACUCCCCCUCUGUAGUGCAGCUGCUACCCCCGAGUGGCACCUCGGUGGGGAGGGAAGCAGUGUUGGACCUCGGCCACCAAGCUUCAUCUUUGAAUAUGCCGGGAAUGUAUCAAUACUGGCCAGACCGGCGGUCGCAACAGUUUUCCAGUCGUGCCUGGCGAUCUUCCUCUGUCCGCAACUCAUACCACCCACCACCAUUCACAGAAGAGCGGCCUAGUGAGCUAGAAUCUCGGCUAGAGGUUUUACAUUCGCAGCUCAACAGACUGGAGACCCGCAUGACAGCCGACAUCAACGUUAUUCUCCAGCUUCUCCAGAGGCAGAUCGCUCCUGUACCUCCUGCUUACAGCACUGUGUCAUCUAAUAACCUCCCUACAGACUCACCUGGCUUGUAUGGGACUGGGACACCAGUGCUGCACAGUAUAUACCCCAUUUCCCCCAUACAGAUGGACAGCCAGGCACCCACCCAGAGCUCUACCCAGACUGACCUUAAAUUUACCAACAAGUCCCAGGAGUCAUUGUCCAGCGGUAUCCAUGUGACUGUGGCAUCAGAUGACACCAUGUUCAUGACCGUCACCCCCGAAACUGAGACUCAUACAGGGUUGACUCCGCAGCUGGCUCAGCCACGAGUUAAAUCUUCCCUCAUGGAGAGCCCCGGGCUGUGUGGCAGUCUCCGCUACCCCUCACUGCCGUUGAACCUGGACAUCACCUCAAGACUGGCUGAGAUCCAGAAACGCCUCUCAGACCCUGUGUUGCCUGUCACAUGAAGACCUUCAGUAAAAGUUUUCAUAGCAACAAGUGUGACUUAAAAAAUAGUAAUACACUGCUACUUAAGACUUUUGGAAGGAGCCACAUGACUAGCGAGUAGCGUCUUAAAGUCAGCGGUGGGCUACAAGGAUUUCGGUUUCAGUUAUUGCAGAAUUAGACAGUGGUGAUUGCAACAGUUAUCUUACUUGAUAAUUAGGACAAUUGCUCAUUUAAAGUAGUGCAAAGGAGUAAAAUUUUCUACAUCUCGGAGUCCUGUUUUACGUCUUCAUGUUCCAACCCGGUUCAGUAAAUUCUCAGUAAUUAUUUUCCUGGCUGUCAAGUAUAGAGCUUCUACCCACAGUCUACAGCCUAGAGAACGAUACUGUAUUUGAGGCCAUUAUCAAUAUUGUUACUUGCGAGUAAAGCAAUAGUUCCACACUGUGGGAAAUAUAUUCAUUUGUUUUUUUCGCCAAGAGUUAGAUGAGAAGAUUGAUAACAUUCUCCCAUAUGUACAGUGAAUACAAAGCUACACCUAGAAGCUGGUUAGCUUAGUACAAAGACUUGAAACGGGAAAACAGCCUAGUUUUAUGGGGGUUAUGAUGCUAAAUGCCCGGUGACUGUAGCUUCAUAUUUAGCGUGCAGACAUGGGAAUGUUAUCAAUCUUCCUAUCAAAUUCUUAGGAAAAAUCAAAUAAGCAUGUUUGUUACAACAUCAGUUCCUUUAAGCAUCCGUCGUCACUGGUUAUUGAAGAAUUGGGACAGAUAUGUACAUUAUGGGACAAUCUGUAAUCAUAAUUUUGUCAGUGCUCUCUGGUGCAUAAACUAUAUAAUGGUGACACUCGAAACCACAAACAUAUCUGACAUUUCUGUACUGUCUUUUCUAGUUAAUUAUUGGCCGACAUAGGUGCCACUUAAUUGGACCUGGUCUGGCCCUGACUUGUGAAUCGAUCUAUGAACAAGUGGCUUUCUGACUUUAUGUUCAGCAAAUAAUCACACAUCAUGACCCCAUACUGAAACACCUGCAACAGGUAAGAUAACUCCUGUUAACUCACAUGUCUUAUAUUCCACAACCCAUCCCAUUAUCACAAGAGGACUCACAGCAUUUGUGAUACUGUGGUGUAUAACAUUAUUGUUCGGACACCACAAUACAAAUUAAUGUCAGUUUUUAGGCCAUUUGACAAUAACAUGUUCUCUGUAUUGUAGAGAUCUUGGACGGUGUACUUCCGGAAUUGUCUUCUCAGUAUUACAGUACAGUAACUGGAAGAAUACACUUCAACUUAUCAUUUCUAUUAAAUCUAUACUAUAAAUUAUCAAUAUAUUGAUGGGUCAUCUCACUGAAAUAAUUAAAAAUGUCUAAAUAUGAAACAUCUGUAUAAUGGUUUAAAACGUGAUGGACUGUUUAUUUCUGUAUAAAAUGAAAUGUUGCUAUGAAUAAAAUAAUUGAACAAAU